GGAGCCACUUUCCUGAGUUUCCUCUUCGAAGAGUAGUCACCCCCAACCCCCUCAACCUUCUUCCCCACAAACGCCACCGUCACCUCCACCAAAGGCCGGAGCGAAGAUCACCGUCGCGUGUCGAAGCGUCACCGUCGCGGAUCGAGGCAGCUCUCGCGGAUCGAAGCGUCACCAUCACCGAAGCAUUGGCGUCGUCUGGUCCUCGGCUUAGCAUCGUCGUGGUUGUCGUCUGCUUGUCGUCGUCACCGAAGCGUUGGUCGUCGUCUGGCUCUGACCCUCUGUGUUCUCCGCCUCUCCCGCGAUGGAGGAGACAUGGAAGUUGAGGUGAAUAUGCCUGAUAUUGUAACUGAAUCCUCAAAUACUUCUUUUGGUGGUACUUCUAAAAAUGGUGGCUUUGGAUUACCUGUUUAUGAUGGAGACAUCGGAACACUUAAUGAUGAUUAUGACUUCGUUAGACUUGCUAGAAAUUCCCCAACUUAUGGACACUUGUGUACGAAAUGGAAAUUAUGAUGAGGCCCUAGAUUUGGAAGCAUUUGUUGGUAAACUUUCAACCAUGCAUCCCAAGUUGCCAGUUAUUCAAGCAUUAGCUGCAGAAGUUAGGUUAACUACCCAAUCACUACUUUCUCAGCUUCUUCAGAAACUUCGCUCAAAUAUUCAGUUACCUGAAUGCCUCCGCAUUAUUGGAUAUUUACGGCGAAUAGGAGUAUUUAGCGAGUAUGGAAUGCGCUUGCUGUUCUUAAGAUGCCGUGAAGGUUGGCUUACUGGUAUACUUGAGGAUUUGGACCAGAGCAAUCCAUAUGAGUACCUAAAAGGGAUGAUUAACUGUCACAGAAUGCAUCUUUUUGACGUUGUUAAUCAAUAUCGAGCAAUAUUUGCUGAUGAUACUUCAGGAAGUGAGGAAAAUUAUGAUGGUGGGCUUCUUUUUAGUUGGUCAAUGCAUCAAAUUACAUCACAUCUUCAAACUUUGAAAGUUAUGCUUCCAAAAAUAAAUGAAGGUGGAUCUCUCUCAAAUAUUUUGGAUCAGUGCAUGUACUGUGCUAUGGGACUUGGAUGGGUUGGACUAGAUUUUCGAGGCUUGCUCCCAUCACUCUUUGAAGAGGCUGUUCUUAACUUAUUCUCAAAGAAUAUGAGUACUGCAGUAGAGAACUUUCAGUUGGCCUUGGAUUCGCAUCGGUGGGUUCCACUCCCAGCUGUUGGCUUCCCUGCAAAUACUGUUGGUGAAGAAAGUCAGGAGGAUGUCACUCCACCAUCUUAUUUGAUGGAGAAUCCACCUCUUGCUGUUUUUAUUAAUGGUGUAUCUGCAGCAAUGAAUGAGCUGCGUCCAUGUGCCGCAAUAAGUCUAAAACAUGUCGUUGCCCAAGAAUUGAUUAAGGGAUUACGAGCUGUUUCUGAUUCAUUGUUGCUGUACAAUACAACUCGAGUGCUCAGAGCGAACGAAUCAGGACUUUUCCUCUCACUCUGCCGGGCAUUUAUUGAGGUUGCUUAUCCUCAUUCUGCAACAUGUUUUGGACGAUGUUACCCCGGUGGAGCAACAAUUAUUAUGGAUGCUAAGAACUUGUAUGACGGAAUCAGCCGCCUAUUAGAGACAUCCUCUGCUGCAAGAGAGCUCCCAAAACCAGUGAACAAUGGCAAAGCAAAGGGUGCAGAUGAGAAUGGCGAUGUUCCGGCAGCAGCAGAGAACGGAGAAACCACUAUUGUAUGAAUUUUUGUGUUAGAUAUAUAAUUAUUUAUGUAUCUUUAUCUAACAAUUUAAUUUCAAACUUUUGAAAUCUUAAUAACUCUAUGGCAGUGCUUAUUUUCCCCUUAA